UUCCUCAUCACCUUUAUUCUCUACCAUUCUGUUGUGAUAUUGCUUCGAUAGCUGUCUUUAAAUGUCCGAGAUUUCCAUAGCUUCUGUCUCUGACACCGCUAGUUCGUGGGAGAGAUCUGUUCAGCAUUGUCUGGACAAGCUCGUGAUUUGGAACGACGUUGAGAAUGCGAGUGAUUUGACUGCUCAACAAGUUAGUCAUCUUCAACUACUCGGUGCGAGACUGCGUUGGUGGGUAAUGAGAUGGGGCAUGCGUGAAGUCGAAAUGUCCGCUCCUGCAGGCGUGGACGUUCAACAUCAUCUGAUCCAAAGCUGCCUGGAACUAAUUUCUAACUCCGUGCAUGAUCUAGCUAUUUCUCAUGGAGAUAGACAGAUUAUCACGGCAAUGGAAGCCCCUAACUUCCGGGGUAGCUCUGGAAUACCCUACGCAUAUUCACUGGACCAAGAUAUGGAGUUUGAUACGAGCAAAGGCGAUGAAACCAGCGCUCACCAAGAGCGACAGGGGCUGGAUUUACCAACCAAAGAAGCGCAGGAAAAUUUGCAAAGAAUUUCCGAUCAAAUUCUUCAAUUAGAGGGCCUUCUUCCUUCUGACCCUGCGCCGAAUGGUGCAGCAGUUUUCAAUGUAGCUCUAUCCACUAGUCCUUCGAAGCUUAGAUCGUUAAGCUUCCCAAAGGACGUCGAUUCCUUCACCCCAUCGCUUGCACAGAUCAAGGCCACUAGUCAAGAUCACAUCAGCAACAUCCAAGUAACCCGACGACGUUCAGCAGAUGAAUUGAGGAAUGGCUUUAAUAUCCCAAAGCUACGAGAAAAUGAAGCAGGAGUCUCCUACUUUGGCGAAUACAAUGAAAGCUUGGUCUUUGUGCAUGAGAAAAAGGAUCCCUGCCCUUGGCAGGCUACUCUCAAAAGACUGGCCUGGCAGUUGAGAUUAUCGGAAAAUAUCAAAGAACUAAGAAUUCUCCCCUGUCUGGGAUAUACCUUGGACGGGUCCUUAACUCAGGACUAUAUUCAUCAUGUGAUAUACGCUAUCCCUGGGAAGCACGUUAUAUCAUUACGAGAUAUGUUAAGGUCAAGAAAUUUUCGUCGUUUUCAAUCAUCACUUUCGCUCACUAUGCGAUUCAAGAUUGCUCAAUCCCUCGCCCGAUCAAUUCUCUACCUACAUGUAGCUGAAUGGCUUCACAGAGGAAUCAGGAGCAGUAAUGUAUUAUUCUGUUCGGAUGCGGGCUUCUCUGGUACUCAUCGGCAACUUGGCCUCCCAUAUCUAGCGGGUUUCGAUUAUACUCGUCCACCAUCUUACGACGAGAGCGCCAAAAUUCCGACUGAAUAUAGAGAACGAGAGCUCUAUCGACACCCAGCAGUCUUACGUGAACCUACCACUGCACCACAUGCGGCUCUGGGUGAUAAUGAUGAGCUAUUCUCAAAAAACCACGAUAUCUAUGGCUUAGGAGUGAUUCUUGUUGAAUUGGGUGUUGGCAAGUCAGCCGGUCGACUCUGGAUGCAACGCCCCAAAGACAAAUGUAAUGGAUGUAGUAAAUUCCAGGGAUAUCUCAUUGCCGAGUUUAUUCCUAAAGUUCGUUCAAUAACGGGGCGUACAUAUGCAGAUGCAGCCUUAUAUUGUCUUCAAGCAGAUGUUUAUCUUCCCCAGGAGCCUGAUUGGGCCGGUGCUGUGGCAUUUUAUAGAAAUGUUAUAGAGCCGCUUGAGAGAUGCAAGAACACCGCAAUAUAGCCGCGAUCUAUCUGCUUGUCAAAUAUUUUGUGAUUACAUGUAGGGCUAGAUAUGGAUGAACGCUUACAUUUCUCCCGUAUAGUGGUUUGUCUAUUCAGAGUAACAACUCAAAAUCUCUUUG